UUUUUUUUUUUUCAGUUUCAGUUUCAGUUCGAGUUUUAAUUAGUAGAUAUACCCUCUCGGUUACAGCAAUCAUUUACUUCUAUCCCUAUUCUAUUCAAUUCUAUGACUCAAGCACCAGAAUAACACCGGUGUUAAUAGUCUUGUGUGUACAUUGCGGCCGGUUCCGGCGGGAACAUGUGAGGACCCCGCCAGUGCUUAUCGAUAUAAAUCUGCGCAUUUCGUCAUCCCGCAGCUUCAACCUUCCCCUUCUCCCACUCAACACGCGAGGAAGAAAAGACGAAAAAAGAAAUGCCUCUCACAAUCCUCUCCGAAUCCCAAGUCCGUGCUCUCCUCCUCUCGCUCACCCGCGACGACGUACUCUCGCUCCAGCGCAACCUCGCCGAAGCCCUGCGCGAAUACUCGACAGGCAACAAUGAUCAAGGCUGCGCGGCAUCGUACCAGCCACAACGAACGGCAAUCACACACAAGGAUGGCCACACGACACUGUUCAUGCCGGCGAGCACGGGCAAAACCACAGGAAUCAAGAUCCUGUCCGUGCAGAACAUCGAUUUCAGCAAUACCAAAAGCAAUGGCAUCGAGUUCUUCAAACCAGGCUGCUCGGUCAGUCAGGAUCUCACGGCCAGCAGGCAGUCUGCGAAAGUCUCCCUCUCGGCAGAGGAGUAUUCAUCUAGAAGAUCUAGUAGCUCAUUAUCCACUGACAUGAGCUCCAUGUCCUUGACUACCGAUGACGAUGACGACCGCGACGAUUCGUCCUUCUCCUCCUCCGCCCCCAGCAUCAACCAACAAUCCCUCCAGGAAACAAACUCACGCCCCCUCACCACCACAACCACAGGCAAAGCCUGGCCACCAGCUGGCGCCCGCGACUCCUCCCCCCGCGGUGCACUCACCUUAAUCGGCCCCGACGGGCUCCCCUUUGGCCUCGUCAGCGCGCAAGAACUGACCGCAUUCCGCACCGCCCUCACCUCACUAUGCGUAUUCAACAAACGCAAACACGUCAAAACAGUCACUGUCUUCGGCGCCGGCCGCCAAGCCUACUGGCACAUCCGUCUCGCGCUUCUCCUGCGUGGGCCCGACAUCAAACGCGUCUACAUCAUCAACCGCUCCUUCGACCGGGCCGCCGAACUCCUCCGCGACAUAUACAGCGGCAACAACGCAUCCUGGCGCGGCAGCGUAAAGUUCUCCGCUCUCAGUAGCGAGUUCGUCGAGUACGAUCGACUGCUGCGGGAAGCGGUGCGCAAGGCCGAUGCGAUUUUCUGUUGUACCCCGUCCCUCUCGCCGCUCUUUCCGGCUGAGUAUUUGACGUCGACGGAGAGCAAGAAAAAGGGAAGGCUGGUCAGUGCGAUUGGCUCGUAUAAACCGCAUAUGACGGAGCUGCAUCCGGAUAUCCUGAGGAAUGAGGUGAAGCCGCAUAAUCACUCGCAUCACCAUCAUAAGCAUGCGCAGAGAGGCGGCGUGGUGUUGGUGGAUAGUUUGGAGAUGUGUUUGCAGGAAGCCGGCGAGAUUGUGCAGGCGGAGUUGGGGCCACAUCAGUUGGUUGAGAUUGGCGAGUUGAUGAUUAUGAAGCAGGCUGCUAGGCUGGAGGUGGAGAGUGGGGGGGAGGGCGAGAAGGGCCUGCAGAAGUGGUUGGAGAGUGGGAAUGUGGUGUAUAAGAGUGUGGGCAUUGGGUUGAUGGAUUUGGUGACGGGGGGCGAUUUGGUCGCGUUGGCGAGGGAGAGAGGGGUUGGCACUGCGGUGGAUGAUUUUUGAUUCAAUAUACAUAUCUACAUAUCUACAUAUAUACAUGUACAGAUUGAGAUUUUAAUAUAGCG